AUGGCUGACCCCAAAGUUUACGCCUUUACCACCUCUGAUCACCAUGACACUUACCCUGCUAUCGCCAAAUACUCGCACCAGGGACGGGUCGUUCUCAUAACAGGCGCAUCCAAGGGUAUUGGACUAGUCACGGCCAUUUCGUUCGCCAAGGCUGGUGCACAUGCCAUCAUCAUCGCUGCAAGGAGUAAUCUAAACGAGGUCGAAAAGGAGAUCCUUGCAGCAGCAGCGACAGCAGGCACCUCACCGCAAGUGCUGAAACUGCAUCUCGACGUGACAGAUCCCAAGGGGGUUGCAGAGGCUGCCGUCCAGGUGCAACAGAAGUUCGGAAAACUUGAUAUCCUCCUGAACAACGCGGGAUAUCUCGAAAAAUGGACGGAAGUAAGCGAGUCUGACCCGAUGGAGUGGUGGAAGACAUGGGAAAUCAAUCUCAAGGGAACAUAUCUCAUGACCCGCGCAUUCCUCCCUUUGAUACAGCAAAGUGACCUGAAAACCAUUGUCAACGUCAGCUCCAUCGGCGCUCAUGUAACGUUCUUUGGCGCUUCGGCUUACCAGUCCUCAAAACUUGCUGUGAUACGAUUCACUGAAUUCAUUGCAGCUGAAUACGGCGAUAAAGGCGUCGUUGCAUUUGUCAUUCACCCCGGCGGUGUCCCUACCGAACUCGCCACCAAUAUGCCGGAUCACAUGCAUGGGGCGCUGAUAGACAAGCCGGAAUUGGCUGCUGACACUGUUGCGUGGUUGACUCAGGAGCAGCAGCAGUGGCUCAAUGGCCGUUAUCUCAGCGUCACUUGGGACAUGCCGGAGUUGUUUGCUCGAAAAGACGAGAUUAUCGAGGGGAACAAAUUAAAAGUGAAAAUGGUCGUGUAA